CGGCAUAAUAUUAAGAUAGUCUAGUGAAAGCGUGUACAUGUGUCGGAUUGGUUCUUUCUGUUAUCCGAGUAGGGUGCAGCCAGGGAAGGUCGUGGUCAACGAUUGGUAGAAGGAAGGAGGCGUUUACUUCCGCUUUCAUUUUACCAUAAAGAUACAUUCUUCAGCACUCCAGUUGACCUGGUUUUAAAGUACAUGGAUUACAGGAAACAGGUAUCACCCUCACCCACUGGAGAAGACGACCCUCCGGUGGAAAGCUUCAAGCAAGCAUUUCGUUCUACCGAAGCUGAGCUCCCGCUUUACUUGCAUACGAGGGAGCCAAAAGGUCGACGUAGAUGGCAGAAGGGUGCAUUUGCUGCCUUGCUUGCUAUAUGUCUAGCGACGCUUUCGUUACGGAUACAUGCUCAAUCCCAGACACAACUCCGUAACCCUGCAUAUCUCAUAGAAGCAGAACACGGUGCCAUUGCUACCGAGAAUAAACGGUGUUCAGACAUUGGUGUCGCCGUCUUAAAGGAAGGAGGAAAUGCUGUAGAUGCCGCUAUCAGUGCCGUUUUUUGUGUCGGUGUGGUCAAUAUGUUUUCCUCGGGCAUAGGUGGAGGGGGAUUCAUGACAGUUCGCAUUCCACCCUCGUCCGAGGGUGGUAGUUCGGAAGUAUAUACCAUUGAUUUCAGGGAAACCGCGCCGGGCUUGUCAAACAGUACCAUGUACAAGGAUGAUCCGACGGCUGCGCGAUGGGGUGGAUUAGCAAUUGGUGUUCCUGGUGAAAUCCGUGGACUCCAGGAAGCGCAUAGACGCUGGGGGAAAUUGCCAUGGGCUAGACUCGUGCAGCCAAACGCAGACCUUGCUGCUGAAUGGACGGUUGAUAAAGAGCUAGCGCGACGUCUGCAGAUGUUUUCAGGAAGUAUCCUUUCUAAUGAUGACUGGACAGCUAUUUUCGCUCCGGAAGGACGGAUGUUGCUUGAAGGCGAAAUUAUUAGACGUACGAAUUACUCACGCACGCUUUCUGCUAUCGCAUCGGAAGGACCUGCUGUGUUCUACAAGGGUCCCAUAGCUGACUCCAUCAUACGCAAGAUACAGGCCACUGGAGGAAUAAUGACAAAUGGAGAUCUAGAGAAUUACACUGUGAAAGUGGAUCACGCUCUUCAAGGGACGUAUCGUGAUAAGAAAGUGUACACUAGCCACGCGCCGACUUCAGGACCCGUGCUUCUUCAUAUUCUGAACAUCUUAGAACGCUACGAUCUCAUUAGCGAAGGCCGAACUGGCUUGAACAUUCACCGCUUUAUAGAGGCAUUGAAGUUCGGUUUUGCAGCUCGCACAAAGAUUGGUGACUUGCCAUAUGUUACUAACGGAACAGCUCGCAUUGCCGAAAUAUCCACGAAAGCCUUUGCAGAUGCUGUGGCACUUAACCUCACUGAUGAUUGUACGCAUCCCCCCGAAUACUAUAAUCCAGAGUUCGACGUCAAAAUUGAUCACGGAACGAGUCAUACAUCUGUGGUCGACAAGGACGGAAUGGCUGUAGCAUUCACGACCACCGUGAAUCUCAUAUUCGGAUCCAUGGUGCUCGACCCCGAAACCGGUAUUAUCCUGAACGAUGAGAUGGAUGAUUUUUCAGUUCCAGGCAGCCCUAACGGCUUCGGACUCUGGCCUUCACCAUACAAUUACCCCGAGCCCGGCAAACGCCCCCUAUCUUCAACAAUACCCACGAUAAUCGAAAACUUCGACGGGUCCUUCUACCUCUCCAUCGGCGGAUCAGGCGGAGGCCGGAUCUUCGGGGCUGUCGUGCAAGUCAUCCUUAACCUCGAUUGGGGAAUGGACGUCAGCGCCGCGAUCGAAAGCGGGCGCGUCCACGAUCAACUAUACCCACUCGAAGUAGACGCUGAUGACAUCGUGCCUGGCGCCAUACUAAACUCUCUGAUAGAACGGGGACAUAAUAUCACAGUGUCAGAUAUCAAUCGUGUGGCUGCUGUUGUGCAAGCGGUGACGAAGAAGGAUGGCAGGAUAUUUGCGGCCAGUGAUUCGAGGAAGAAUGGUAUCGCCGCGGGGUAUUAGCCGUCCGACGUGCGGCGUACGUAUACCUACCUAAGUAGCAAGCAAGUUAAUCGUCAUGUUCCUGGUUGAAUUUACGCCAUAUCUCAAGCUUAGAUGAGAUCAAAUCCAACACCGAGUUCUAGUGUUUCCGCGGGGUAUUAACUUCCUGCAGUCCGGCGUCGGAACUCAUUACGUAGCAAGUACAUCACCUUUCAUGAGAUCAAAUCCGAG